AUGGCGGCGGGAAAUGUACAAAGUUUUGUGAAUGAUGUAGAGAAUAUGUGCGAAUGUUAUAUUUGCUGUGUCGAAUAUGACGAAAACAAACACGUCCCUCGAGUUUUACCAUGCCAGCACACAUUUUGCACGGACUGUCUUUCUAAGCAUUGUAAAGGACAAAAGUUAAAAUGUCCAUUAUGUAACCAAGAACAUUUCACUAAAAAUGGUAACGUUAAAGUAUUCCAUAAAGAUAAUACCAGACGUGACUUAAAGGAGCUUCUAGGAAGAUUCAUGAAGACAUUGUGCGGAGUUUGUAAACGUCACGAUCACACUAGGUAUUUUUGUAUCACUUGUAAUAUUCGAAUGUGUCGUUCGUGUUAUAAAGAAAAGAAAUCUAAUGAUUGCAGGAAGCAUAAUUUUGAAAUUCCAGAAGAUUCAUCUUUGACACCAGACACAUCUUUAGAGUUAAAAGAUAAGCAAGCACAACAUAUAUGUUUGCUAUCUGGCCACGAACACACCGAGUUAAAAUAUUACUGUGCAGAAAAGCAAUGCUGCAAACCAGUUUGUUCUUACUGCAUUAUGGAAGUGCAUAAAGGACACGCUUAUAAACCCAUUGAAAACGAGUAUGAGAAUCGAAAAAAGUCGAUGCAAAGUAUCUGUCAGGCAACAAGCAUGAAAAUUUGUCGCGCAAAGAAACUUUUAGAAAAUGUGGAGAAAGAAACGGCAUCACUGACAGAAAGUCAUACAAAAGGCAGAGAAAACCUGACUGUCGAAGCUAAUAGAGGAAUUCAGUACAUUAAUACUUAUAAAGAGAAUGCCGAGAAAAAGGUGGACGACACUUGGCAAAUGUAUUAUCCGAUGCCCAGAGAAAUAUUUGAAAUGAAGCUUCCUAUAAUGGAACUGAACGAGAGAAUUAAUAAAAUGAUUAGCGAUGAAGAAGUCGAUGAACAACCAGAGUUAGCUCAAG